ACAGUGGAGGUGACACCAAACACUCAUUCAACAAACAGCAAACAAAGGGGCUGGUUAAGACCUUAGAGAGUGGUAGACAUUUUUGCAGAUUUUGCAGACCUCUGUCCCCGUUUCUCUAUUUCUUUCUUUCUUUUACUCUUUUUCUUUUUCACAUCCUUCUGUUAUCUUCAGUACCAUCACCAAAAUUUGGAAGCUUGAAGAAGAAGAAGAAAGAGGGCAAUGGGGGUAGGUUCAACUGCAUCUUCUAAGCUCAAAAAAGCGGCUAAAAAAAUGGUGGUCGCUGCAUGUGGUUCUUUCUCAAAGAAUACUCCUCCUUCUCCUCCUCCUCCUCCUGCUGCUAUGUCAAUGUCACCAUUGAAACCAAAGAAUAAGUUUGAAGCAGUAUCAGCUGGAAUUGAAGCAGAAUCCAUCACCAACCAUAAUGACCUUGCAUCUAAGAAUAUAUGUGCAAUAUGUUUGGAGGUUCUGAGUUACAGUUCUGGUAGCAGUCCAGGGCAAGCAAUAUUUACAGCUCAGUGUUCUCAUGCAUUCCACUUUUCCUGCAUAUCCUCGAAUGUUCGCCAUGGUAGCAUCACCUGCCCUAUUUGUCGUGCUCAUUGGACCCAGUUGCCACGCAACUUAAAUCCACCUGCAUGUUCACUCUCUUGCAACCAAAAUGACCCUGUUUUUCGUAUCCUGGACGAUUCUAUUGCUACUUUCCGGGUUCAUAGACGCUCCUUCCUUCGAUCAGCACGCUAUGAUGAUGAUGACCCUAUUGAGCCUGAUCACACUCAAAAUCAUCCCCGUAUUGAUUUAGCUUUGGUUCCCCUCCAACCAACAGUUUUGACUCACCCUUGCUGCUUUCGGCAUCAACCCGGUUCACAUCCAUCUUUUCAGAUGCCGGGAGUUGGGCACGUCUCAAACCAUCAUCACCAUCAUCAUCACUUCAGCAGCUCCUCCUCAUCAACUUUACAGUUGCAACCACCAAGUGGACAAACACCUUCCUACAUGUGCUCCCCCUCAAACAGUAGACCAGCCUAUCUCAGCAUAAAAUUAGCACAUCCACGAGCUACGGACAUGGUCUUGAUUGCAAGCCCCAACGGACCGCACUUGAGGCUUCUAAAACAGUCCAUGGCAUUAGUGGUAUUCUCCCUCCGACCAAUUGAUCGUUUGGCCAUCGUCACAUACUCAUCUGCUGCAGCACGUGUGUUCCCUCUCCGGUGCAUGACAUCCUACGGAAAGAGAACGGCCUUACAAGUUAUCGAUCGCCUUUUCUACAUGGGUCAAGCUGAUCCAAUAGAAGGGCUCAAGAAAGGGAUAAAGAUACUCGAAGAUCGUGCACAUAAGAAUCCACAGUCAUGCAUCUUACAUUUGUCUGAUAGUCCAACGAGAUCAUACCACGCCAUGAACCUUCAAUUCCCUAUUCCUAUACAUCGGUUUCACAUCGGAUUCGGCUUUGGCACCUCUAAUGGGUUUGUAAUGCAUGAAUUUGAAGAGUUCCUAACACAAUUAUUGGGAGGUGUAGUUAGAGAAGUUCAAUUGAGAAUUGGGGAGGAAGGGCGGAUCAUAAGGCUUGGGGAUCUACGAGGUGGCGAAGAGAGAAGGAUAUUAAUGGACUUAGGUGAGUGUGUACAUGUAUCUGUAGGGUAUAGCUAUGUGGAAGGAGGAAGUGAAGAAUGCAUGAAAACAGGGGAAACAAUGGUGAGUGUAGAGGAUAAGAGGGAAACAGAAGAUGGGAACAGAGAGAAUGGUAUUAACAUUGUUGGGGGAAGGACAAGCAGUGUUGAGAAUUGGGAUUACCAUGAUCCUUACAUGGCUAGAAGAUGGGCUAAGCAUUUGCAUGGAUACAGGUUCUGAAUCUGAAAUCAAGCUACCCCAAAAUCCCACUGUAGAUAUAUGGCUUCACAUUUCAUUCAUUUUCCACAGGGAUUUUGGUCAUUCAAUCCAAUGGCUUAUCCUCUAUAAUAUAUACUCCAAAAUCUUUCAAGAUAUCUAAUUUUAUUGGUGCAACACUUGAACUUCAUUGUUCAUUUGAGUCAAUUAUUCCAUCAGUUAGGAUAAA